GUUUAUUAUCGGCAGAGGUCGCAUGGCAGAGGGAAGUCCAACCACUUCUGUACUGGAACCAAUGCAAGAGUAUGCGCCUCCAUAACAAAGCCUGUAUGGAGUCCUGAGAGCAGUGGGGGGAAAAGCAGAGGCUGCACACUCACGCGCUGCCGUCCAGCUGUAACAUUCACAAAGAUCUAAUAAGAGAGGAUCUAAGUUGGAGGUUUUUAUUUGCUCUGGAACAAGAGGAUAGUUUUUGCUUUUCUUGCCAACACGUGCGUAUCCAUGCAAUUUCUACUCCUGCGUUGUGCGUAAGUGAGUGUUCCACAUCCUGGUGCGGGGCUGUGCUGAGGAGUACUGCGCAUCAUUCACCAGAGUUGGUGCCGAAGUUCGGCCGCGAACGGAUGUGAGGGAAGAGUGUACCGAGUAAAAAAAAAACUCCCCCACUUCUUUUCUUUUUCUUUUUUUUGCUCUCUCUCUUGUGUGUGUGUGUGUUUUUUUCUCCUGGCGUUGUGUUUGCUGAGACAAUACUGAGUCAAAGACGCUGAAAGUGAUUUCAUGCCUUCAGUCUCGCACAACCUGAGAUGGACGUGAGAUUUUAUCCUGCGCCCCCGGCAAACGUGGGUUCAUGCUCCCUACCGACUGAUCCAAGUUGCCUGAGCUCGUUGGACUAUUACCACUCAAACAAGGCCCGGUACAGUGUGGGUGAACGAGCAGUUAGGCUCCACACUGCCCCCGCUCCAGGAAUCAAUCCAUCUAGGAAAAGACUGCCCAUUGCUGUGUUUGAUGGUGACAACAUGUAUAUGAAUGACAAUAACCAAGAGUUUCGUUCACCAAACCAGAGCUACUCCAGUCAGGGCAGAGGCAGCGGCGGAGGACCAGGCGACGAAGACUACGAGAUUCCUCCCAUCACACCCCCGAACCACGCAGACCCUUCUCUGCUGCACCUCAUGGAGCACGAUUCGGGUUACCCCUUCCACUCCCUGCCUCACAACGGCCUGCUCAACACCUACUCCUACCCUGAGCUGCCCGCCCUCAUGAUGUCCAACAUGCUGGGUCAGGACACCCACCUCCUCUCAGGGCCUAUGCACUCAAUAAACAGUGACAAGCGGUCCUCUGCAGAUAUGAUGAAGCCCAAACCCAAACCUCAAAAGAAGAAGAAGAAGAAGGACCCCAACGAGCCACAGAAACCUGUGUCGGCCUACGCGCUCUUCUUCAGAGACACCCAGGCAGCCAUCAAGGGCCAGAACCCCAACGCCACCUUUGGGGACGUCUCCAAGAUUGUGGCCUCAAUGUGGGACAGCCUAGGAGAGGAGCAGAAGCAGGCGUACAAGAGGAAAACCGAGGCAGCUAAGAAGGAGUACCUGAAAGCCUUGGCCGCGUACCGAGCCAGUCUGGUUUCCAAGACAUACAAUGACCCCGAACCAAAAAGUGCCCAGCAGAGCAGCCAGCCCUCCCACCUGCUCCCCCCCAAGCAGCCCCUGUACAGCGUGCCCCCCCAGCCCUCCUCAGCCUACCUGGGGCCGCCGGGGUCCUUCCCCCUGUCCGACCUCCAGAGCUACGCCGGGCCGCCCCGACACACUCUGGCCCAGACCCUCAGCCAAUCCCAGAUGCUGCCGCCCAGCAUGAGUGCCUCUCCCCCUUCUCCCUUCCAGAUCAGCCCGCCUCUGCACCCCCAUGCCCAGCUCUCCCUGCACCAGAGCUCCCUGCUCAACCAGCCAAUCCGCAUGCAGCAGUCGCAGCCAAUCAUCUCACACCAAAUGGGGCUCCAGGCACCUCUGCAUUCCCCUCCUCUCAGCCAACAGGGAUUCUCCCAUAUUCAGGCUGAUUACCAGAACAGUGUCGGGGGCUCUCAGUCUCCAGGGGCCCCUAACCACGGCCAGAACCCCGACUGGGACAGCGAGUACUGCAACAGGGACUGCGGACCCAACCACUGCAGCAGUGGCAUGGGAGCCCGGGACAAGCCUCUCUACCUCACUUGAAGUUGAAAGACCUCCAAAUGUCAGACUCCAGGGAGCUUACCAACAUAACAACGUCAUCGAUGUAUCUGCUUCUACACCAUUUCAUUUUUUUUCUGAUGGAUUUCGAAAAUCCCAAAGACUGCUACAGAAACUUCACCUAUUUGCCAAGCACUUAGAUCGGCCAGAGGCCUGAGGCACUUCUCUUGCUUUAAAAAAAAAAAAAAUUCUCCUCCUCCUUAUCAGUGAACUUUCCGUUUUUUUGCGGGGCAUUGAGCUUUAAGCUCAUGCCAACAUACUGGAAAUGAAGACCAAAAAAAAAUGAUGUCUUCUCAUCUCGUUUUGAAUUUUUUAAAGAUGCUUUCUUUCCUCUUCACUCCAUUACUCUUGUGUUUGCCAUGGACUGCCCUCAUUGGGGAGAUGAAAUGCUCUAAGCAUACUCCAAGUGUAGGGGUCUCGGGUAGAAAAGCUAAUGCAGGAAUCUAGGAUAUAGUCACCUCACCGGGGGGUGGAUACAUACAAGACUGACUGAAACAACCCUGACUGAAUAGAAGCAAAGCAAAAUUAUUAUGAAGAUAGUCACAAACACAUGAGACAUUUGUAAAUCAUCCGUGCCCUCGUAAAGGACUCCCUUAUUUCCUUUAAUUGUCACAGAGUGAUUGUAAAUAUCACCAAAAUGGAUCCCUCUAAUGUGUGUAUUUAACUGCAGUCCCUUGCUUUAAUUUUUUUUUCUCAAACAUUAUCUUUUUGUUUGGUUAAGUGAUUUCUCGUGCAGGCGGAUUCAGUGAGGGAAUACACACACUAAAACUCGUGUUGAAACUGUGUUCACCGGUCUGGUUUCUCUCCAAACCCUGAGAGAAACUCCGAGACUGAAAAAAACCCGCUCCAUUUCCUCCUUAUAGGUGACGGAGCUCUGAUAGAGAGUGUCCCUCUCUUCACACGGCCUCAGGACGUUACAAAACUGUAGAGGUCAAAGGUCGAAAACCUCUCCUUUUAGCUCCUCCACCUCUUGGUCAAUAAGGACCACCCCCUCCACCUGUAACCCCCACCCACCACCCCUUAGUCCUGACACCACUUGUACAGGUGAAUUUAAAAAAAGUUGCUAAAUGUGAAAUGUUACUAAAGAAAAAAAAAACAUAACAGUGGGUUUUAAAGUUUUUGACUAGUUUUAUUAGGUGUUUUAGAAUUGUGUUGAACUCAUCUUUAUCAUUUUUUGUGAAGAUAAAAAAAUCUUAAUCUAUUUUGUUUUUUCACUGUAGCAGGAUUUUGCGUUUUUUUUGGAGGAACGGUCAUGAGGGUAGAUAUUAUGAUUUUUUGUGUAUAAACCUGCCAAAUGUACUUCUUUAAUUUGUAAAGCCAGUGAUAAGAGAACUCAUUUUGUUUUUUGUUGAAUAUCAUACUGUAUGUUUUACAAUAUGGUCAUUCUAUUUAAUUUGGUUGCAGGUUUCACAUCUAUUUAUGAAUGAAAUGAAGUAACAUUUUGGCUUAAUUUCAUCAGGGUGCAUUAUUAUUAUUAUUAUUAUUAUUAUUAUUAUUAUUACUCAAACAACAUGAUUAUUAGAAUAAUAAAUAUUUUUUCAGAAAUUGUUGUUGGCGCCAUACCAGUGCACCAGCAUUAGAUUCAUUUUGUGUCACAAAUACUUCUUUUGUUUUCUUUUGUCUGUAAUAAAAUGUUUAAAGUGAA